GGCAGAAGGUAAACUCAGAGCCAUGCAAUGUCCUAACUAGGUGAACGCUGUUGGUAAGUACACAGUAAGGAUCUGUGCAGUAGCCAUUACUUCUCGUCAUACCUCCUCCUUUCCGUGCGGUUGCUCUCCUCCGCCUCACACGAGCAGCAUAAAAAGCACGCCACCAAAAGAAGAGAAAUUCUGUUGCGGAUUCAAGGUUGCUGGAUCGCUUUUGCGCCGCACUGCACGGCGUAUCGGACGUGUUUCAAGUGAUGGUCCGUCGCUAGACACCCCUGCUUCUCGUCUCUUCGUAGCGGCAAUGGCGGAGGCGGUGGCGGUGCUGCGCGCGAAGAAGCAGGCGGAGGCGAGCGGCGAGGGGGAGGCGUCGCUGACGCGCUCGAAGAGCCUCCUGGAGGAGAAGUUCGACGCGUACGAGGUGGCUAACUACCGUAUGUGGGUCCGCUCCAAGUCGGACGGCGCGCCCAGCAAGAAGCAUCGCCACCACCAUGACCUGGACUUCCUCGAUCGCUACGACAGCAGCUUCGGCCCGGCGAAUGCGGAGCUCAUGACACGUGUCGCGCGCGGGUCAUUCGGCCCGUCGGACUCCGUUACCGAAGAGGACGACGCCGCGAGCGACGAUGGCGUCGACGGGGGAAGUCCGGGAGGGGGAGCUGGAGAUGGCGGGGGGGCGGACGGCGGAGGGGGCCGCGGGGAGGGGAGAGCUUUGCGCGAUGACGGGUCAGGGAACGAACGCGAGAGUGGGGACAGCAGCAUUGGCGGCGGCGGCGGUAGUGGUUUCUGUGGCGCAGAAGUGGACAGGGGGUUCGCGAGCUUCUUCCGGAGAUUCCGAGUGGGUAGCCGGCGGAACAGCAGCAGCAAGAGCGGCGGGGAUGGGUCGGAGGGUGCAGAGGGAAAGGCGGCUGGGUCUCGCCUGGUGCGCAGUUUGACAGCGGACACGGGGGAGAGCAGCAUGGGCGGAGGUGGCAUGGGGGGGCACAGCAUGGGGCCGCAAAUGCGCUCGGCGAGUGGCGUGCUGCGGGACACGGAGAUAGAUGAGAUGGACGGGGAGGUGCUGCAAGAGGCGUUUGGGCGCGUGCUUGCCCUGGAGCAGCGCGUGCGGCACUACCGCGACCUGGGCGGCUUCGUGGUGCUCAUGGCGCUCUUCAUCGCCAUCCUCUACCUCCAGGCCGACUCCUCCAGAAGCUUCCAGAUCACCGCCGCCCACUCCGUGCUCUACCCGCCGGACAUGCGUCAGGACGCGUCCAACACCUUUGCUGGCACCACUGAAUUCUACGACUGGCUCAACAACACCGUCAUACAGAAUGUGUGGGCGGACUUCACAUGUGGCGAUGGCACGUGCCACCGCCCCUUCCAGUUCCCCGCCUUCGGCCGCUUUGGCUGCGAGGCGGACUGCGGCACGUUCCCCAACCUGACGUCCGUCGUCGUGCGGUUCUCGUCCCAGCUCGACACGCAGCAGGCUGCAGAGGAAUCUUCCUGGAACCUGUGCAUGGUCAACCCGGUCUCCCUCUGCUGGUACGAGUCGUUGCAGCCGUUCCCUCGUGGCGAGGCGGACCUCUCUAUCCCCAUGGACAUACCGGACGGCGAGUGGACGGUGGUGCUCAACGCGCCUGCGGGGGGCAUCAGGGGCACUGUGCAUGCGCCCCCUCCCGGCACGCGACGCUUCUCCGUCAUUGGCUCCGCCAACACCGUUGAGCUCGCGGCGUGGGGGUACUGCGCGCACGAUGAUGACGCCGAUGACGCCAAUGGGACGGGCUCUGCUGCGGCAUCUGACGUCUGUCGCGAUACGUGUGUGAGCCUGGUGGCGUGCCUGCCAGCAGCGUGCAGCCGUGCAUUCACGGAGAGGGAGGUGGCAGGGGCGUUCGUGGACUGUGCUCGCAUGUGCAUCGUGUCGCCCGCCACCAUCACCCUCUAUGCAGGCAACCCCUGCCCCGUACCUGACAUCGCAACGGUAUUCUCCAACACUCCAUGCAACGUUUCAGGAUUCAACUCCACCGCUCGCAUCUCCCGUCUCGCCCGUCGCAAGGCACAAACUCUACACAAAUUCCACCAACCACACGCCUACGGCCAGUGGCCCGCCUCAGCAGCCCUUUCAGCCUCACCUGCUGCCGCCUCUCCUCCUCCUGUGCUGGCACGGCCUGCUGCAGCGGCCUCGGCUGAUUCUACCGUAAUGGUGACACGGAAACUGCAAGGAGAGCAGAGUGGAGACACAGCACUGGCACCUCCACCACCGCCUGCACCGACGUCAGCAGUGGCAGCAGCAGCAGCAGCAGCAGCCAUGGCGGCAGCGGGAACGACAACAGAAGACCCCUCUCUCCCCGCGCCCUGGUCGCUCCUGGGCGCCACGGACCGCCAGCGAAUGACAGCGCUGCAGGUGGCGGUGUCUCGAGCGCUCUUCACCAUGGCCAAGGACCGCUGCCUGGCCGGGCGGGCGCCGGGAUCAGGGGCGAGGCCCCUGGAGGGAGGUGCGGGCAGCGUGGGGCCGCGCAUCGUGGCGUGCCUGUGCACGGUGCUGGGGGGGCCGGCCGCAGGCAUGGAGGAGUGCCGCUUCACGGAUGAGGCGGGGCGGCAGGUGGUGACGGCGGGCGACAUGUACGCGUACCUGCAGCGCACGCAUGUCAGGGGCGGCCGCGUCAUCUCCUCGCAGCACAUGCGGCGCUUCGUGCAGACCGUGGUGGCGGCACUGCUCUCCGUCACACCCAUGGCCGAUGCCUCCGCUGCGCGCGUCAACUCGCUGCUGCACGCCUUUGAUGGCGCCAUCGUCACCUCGCAGGCCGUGGGAUGCACGCAAGGUGGCGCGUGGCUGCAGUGGCGAGCAGGUGUGAAGCACAACACGACCAUCCACGUGGGGGACAAGGUCACAUGGGUGUGGGAUGACGACCUCCCGCACUCCCUCAGGGUGGCGGGGAUGGGUGAGGCGGGCGCCCCGCUCUUCCAUGGUUUUGGGGGAAAUCGCCUAGCGGUGGCGCGGCAGCUGGCUUGCUCUCCCAUGAACGCAGGCGGGGGGGACGCCAGCGAGGACCCCCUGCCCUGCGUGCUCUCAAUGGACGGCGAGCCCGCGGGUUCCUUCUCCUACAGCAAGCUGUUUGAGCAGCCCGCCACCAUUUACUACCAGGACGGCGCUCUACCAGGGGGGGACCAAGCCUCCCUCUCCUCCUCCUCUUCCGUCUCCGCCAGUGUUCUCACAGUGCUGCCUGAGAGGACGGAGGCAGAUGAUUCUGGUGUUGUCAAUGCUACUGGCAACAGCACCAGCACCACCCCCUCCCCCCCCUCCUCGGCUGCGGUCUACUUCUGCGCGCCCCGGUGUCGGUUGCAGCGGCUGGCCAACGGGGUGUGCGACGCGGCAUGCAACGUGCCUGCGUGCGCCUUUGACGGCGGCGACUGCGCGUGUGUCGACCCGCUCUUCGGCCCGGGCAUCUGCUCCUGCCCCCCGGGCCACACCCGCCGCGACGACGGCUCGUGCUGCCUGUCCACGGCGGUGGGAGCCAACCUCAACUUCCCCUUCUCGCUGCAGCGCUACGGGCCCAACUACACCGAGAGCAACUACGCCUUCGCCGCUGAGCGAGGCACCGCUGUCAACCGCUUCGUCUCCACCCGCAACCGGCUGCUGAUCGGCAUGGUGCUGGAGCAGGAGCGGUGGGGCACGCAGGUCUGCAGCGGACAGGGUGUGCUGCACCUGGCGGGGUGGUGCAGCAACGGCACGUCCAGGGAGCCGUUUGGAGUGAACCCGCACUUCCUGCCCACGUCAGCCAUCUACGACAGCGCAGCCACUGCCAACAUGAGCCAGCUGGACAACAACACUUUUGGCUUUAAGCUCAAGUUCAACCCGCAGGGGCUGCCAUACGGCUUCAUCUACCCCAUUGAUUCGCUCAGUUUCUACCCCCUGGUGUUUGACAUCAAUCUCGACUCCGAGGCGGCCAUGCGCCGUCUGACCUACCUGGUGGACGGAAGUUACAUCGACAACGGCACUCGCAGCAUCGACGUCAGCUUUAUAACCUUCAAUGGUGAGACGCGCACGUUUGUGGUGACGACGGUGAGUUGCACGGUGAGCGUGGGCGGUAGCAUGGCAGUGGCGUUCAAGUCGCAGCCGGCAGCCAUGGCCAUGUACGAUGCAUCGGCCGACAACAUCGCACGCCUGGUGCUGGAGAUCAUCUACGUGGUGGGGCUGCUGUGGAAUGUGUGCGGCGAGGUGCAGGAGAUGCUGGACCGCGCUGCCAUGGAUGGCUCUGUGCUCAGCUACUUUGGCCUCGCGUGGAACUGGAUCGACAUGCUGUCGCUUGGCCUGCAAGUGGCUGCUAUUGCCAUCUGGAUAGUGCUAUGGCGGUACGUGGAGGCGUUUGACAUGCAGCCGCGCUACGACAUCUACUACACGCUGCUCGAAAUGCCACGCUACUGGGCCGUGCCCAACCCGCCCACAGGCUUCCUCAACGCUUCCCAGGCCUUCCUGGACCUCCGCAACAUCAUCAACCUCCGAGCCGUCUACUUCGCCCUCCAAGGCAUCAACGUGUUCUGCAUGAUGGUGCGCCUCCUCAAAUUCAUGGACUUCCAGCCCUACCUGGGCGUCAUCACCCGCUCGCUCGCCCUUGCCACGCCCUCCCUGCUGCACUUCUUCCUGCUGUCCUUCGCGGUCUUCUUCUGCUUCAGCAUGUAUGGCUACCUUGUCUUCGGAGGCGCCAUUGAGCAGUUCUCCACGGUGCUGGAGUCGAUGUUUUCAUGCUUCCUGCUGCUGCUGAACGACAACUCCUCGGCCUACUUCUUCCAGCGCCUGGAGUCGUGGGACCUGAUCGCCGCCAUGCUCUUCUUCUUCAUGUUCAUUGUCUUCAUGGUCUUCAUCCUCCUCAACUUCCUCAUCGCCAUCAUCGUCGACGCCUUCAUGAGCGUCAAGGACGCCAACGUGGUUGCCACCUCUAUAGCCGCCGACCUGACACACAUAUUCAAGUACAGGUGGAACUGCUGGCGCGGCCGCUACCUGCCGUACUGGCUGAUUCUAGAUCGCCUAGUGGAGUUGGGCGCUAGGGAUACCAGGGUGGAUGAGGCGGACCGUCGGAUGCGCCGCUACAAGUCCAUUCAACGGCGGAUGGGGUCUGUGUUGCCCGGCAGCCUUGGUCGGGGCUUUAAGCAGUCGCUCUGCACGCAAGCAGACAACCGCCCCGCCUUCCCGUCCGCCGGUAGCGGGUCUCGGGUGCGGCGGCAGCACGUGCUGACAGUGCGGGAGAAGCGCAUCGACGCCAUCUCCCUUGCCAUGAUCCUGCAGCGCCGCCUCGACCGCGCGCAAGCCAGAGCGGGCCAGUCUGCCCCUGCCAUGUCAUUCAAGCCGCCACCCAUUUUCUCCCUGGCGGCGUGUGCGGGUAGAGUGGGCGCUUGCUCUGAGAGUGGGCACAGCGAGGAGGAGGCGGGGCUGGAGCAUCUGUCGCAGGCGCUGGUGCUGCAGUGCGGCGAGGUGGUGCGGCAGGCCGCCCUGCCGGUCAAGAAGCCCGUGCAGAAGCUCAGCCUGCUGCAGAUCCAGGAGGAGGUGGUGCGCAGCCAGCAGGCGGUGGAGGAGGUGCGCGGCAUGAUGGCGGACAUGCAGAGCGACGUGCGCGCCAUGGCCGCCAUGCUCGCCGCGCUGCACCAAGCCACCAUGCGCCCUUCGCCCCCCAGCGCUGAGGCUGUUCCCACGCAAUCACUGCCUGUGCAGCCACCGCUGGAGCAGCCAUCUUGCUUGAAACGGGAGCUGGCAGAAUGUGAGGAGGCGGGGGUGAAGGAGGGGGGGGAUGGGGGGGGAGGGGAUGGAGAUGAAGCCGUGGGUGGCAGCGCGAGUGGCGGUUUCAGCGCAGCGAGGAUCAGUAGAAGCCUGUCGCAGCCGUCAAGACGAGGGUCGGGUAGACGGGUGUCGUUCCGAGAGGAUGCAUCCACAGAUGUCGAUGAUGAGGGUGGUGCUGUGCACACAGGGGAGGAGGCAUGGCGGCAGCCGUUGAUAGAAAACCACGGAGAACUCUAGUUAAAACGCUGAGAAUGGGUGUUAGCGCACCCAUGUGUAAUUAGGCAAAGGUUUUUGAAUGCCUGAGCAUUCUUCAUUGUUGGUUCACCGUGCAUUUUGG